AUGAUCAAUUGUCUAAAUAUUUUAUUAUUUUUCAUCGCUAUCGUGAAUUCAAAUUUAAUUGUAACCAAAUAUAAUGAAAUUUUUCCAGUAGUUCCAAAUUAUGUUCUAAACUCCACAAAUAAUGAAUGUGUUCAACAUAGUGUUUUAUAUUUGGAAAAUUUUCAAAAUUAUACAAAAUGGGCAUUUCAAAUGUGGGAUGCUUCCUCAAAAACUCCUGUAGCACAAAUGAUUGCCGAUUCCAUUAAUAUUGGACACUUUGAUGAAUGUUUAACCGCAAAUGCACCAUUCGACACCCAAUAUUGUUUAAUUGAUGUUCAAUUAACAUUAGAGCAACCACCAAAGACUAAUGAAGAAACUAUAUUUGACUCAAUUCUUGGCAAUUUUCAUCCAAAAAUCUGGUUCAUUUCACGAUUGGAUGAGUUAGUUUUGAGAUGUCGCCAAAAAUAUCAAGUAUCAACUGCAGAAGAAAUUGCUCCAGCAUAUCGCCCUUUUGUUUUAAUUGGUGUAUUUGUGGUGCUGGUACUUAUUUCAAGUAUAAUACAUAAUUAUUUACAUUUAGAGCCAAAUACACUUAGAAGUAUAAUAAUUCAGUCAUUUUCACUAACGCAUACAAUUCGAAACGAUUUACUUAAAGCUGAUGAAAAUAAUUUGAGGUAUUUACAUGGUAUUAAAGUAUUUUCGGUGAUUUGGAUUGUAUUCGGGCAUAGCAUGGCUUUAUCUCAUCUUGGAGUUAUGUAUGAUUUCAGACACUCUGAAGAGGUUAAUAAUUAUCUACUGAAUUAUUUAGUUAUACACGCCGACUUAUGGGUUGAUACAUUUUUCAUUGUUGGAGGUUUACUUACAACAUACCUAUUAUUGAGUCAAUAUGAAAAAGGGAAAAAAUUUAAUCUAGGAAUGUUGGUUUUAUUACGGUAUUUGAGAUUAACACCUGUGUAUGCGAUAGCCGUAUUUUUCUUUGCCACAAUAUUCACAAAAAUAGAUAAUGGACCUUUAUAUCAUCUAAUAUUAGAUGACGAAAAAGAAAUGUGUCGUGAGAAUUGGUGGCUAAAUUUACUUUACAUAAGUAAUUAUGUGAAUACAAAUAGAACUCAUCAAUAUGGAUUAUUAACACUUGGAAUUAUUGCAUUUGCUUCUAUGAUAACAUCAUCCGUAUUAACGUUUAUUAACAGUUGGGAUGGAGCUAUGUUGUUUACAGUAACGUAA